GAAAAGAAGAAGUGGGAGCGAGAAGCAGGAGGGGGCGGCCGCGGAGCGCGAGUUGGGGCGCCGCGAAGCGCCCGAGCCUCCUGCCUUCUCCGGGCCGCGCCCCGGCCGCCCGCAGCCUCCCGGCGCCCGCUCCGACCCACGCGCUCCGGAUCCGGCCGGCGGGGCGUGCCCUCCGCGCGCAGAAUGUGGCAGCGGACACGGCCCCGGCCCCGCGCUCCCUGGCGCUGGGCGCUGGCGCUGCUGGCCCUGGGCGGCGCGGGACUGUGCCACGCCGGCCCGCAGCCCAGGCACCCCGCGCGGCCCAGCGCCAGGAACAAGAAUUGGUGCGCCUACAUCGUGAACAAGAACGUGAGCUGCUCGGUGCUGGAGGGAAGUGAGAGUUUUAUUCAGGCUCAGUACAACUGUGCUUGGAACCAGAUGCCCUGUCCGUCCGCGCUCGUGUACCGUGUGAGCGUCAGACCCAGAUACGUCACCAGGUACAAGACGGUGACCCAGUUGGAGUGGAGGUGCUGCCCUGGCUUCAGAGGGGGAGACUGCCAAGAAGGUCCCAGAGACCCGGAGAGGACCCCCCGCCCCACGCCCGCUCGGCCUCGGAACAGCAUGAAGAAAGCCACAGACAAUGAACCGAGCCAGGUCUCAGAGCCUAAGAAGACGCUGUCACCAACCCCUGCGGCGGAACCAAGUCAGACGGUAGAUCCAAAACAGGGGCCCCAAGAACUUCAGGAAAAGAAAAUCCAGGCGCUCGAGGAGAAGGUUCUCCGACUCACAAGGACAGUUACUGAUCUCCAGUCUUCCAUUGCCGGGGUGAAUGAAAACCUCAGACACGCCAUUCAGGACGAUGCCAGCAAAAUGCUGGCAUCAUGGCUCAGUAAUCUGCACCCCCAGCCAGUGCCAGACAGUGCCAUUGGUGAAGAACCAGAAACGAUCCAGCUUCCCGGUGUCCUCCACAAUAGGGACUCUGGCAUGAAGGACAUCCAGUCUGAAUUGGCUGAAGUCAAGGAUGCUCUGAAGACCAAGAGUGACAAACUGGAAGAGCUGGAUGGGAAAGUGAAGGGUUAUGAAGGGCGGCUCAGACAGCUCCAGGAGGCUGCCCAGGGCCCUAUAGUCACCAUGACGACCAAUGAGCUCUACCAAGCCUAUGUGGACAGUAAGAUUGAUGCGCUGAGGGAGGAGCUCAUGGAGGGGAUGGACAGAAAGCUGGCCGACCUGAAGAACUCGUGUGAGUACAAGCUGGCUGUGCUCCAGCAGCAGUGUGAUGACUAUGGGAGCAGCCACCUGGGAGUGGUUGAGCUUAUAGGAGAGAAGGAGACGAGCCUGCGAAAAGAAAUAAACAACCUCCGAGCCCGUGUACAGGACCCGUCAGCCCGGGCAAAUUGCUGUGAUGGCACAAAGAAUGGUGACUUUGGGCAGCAGAUCAAGGUGUUAGACCAGAAAAUUGAAAGAGUUGCUGAAGCCACCAGAAUGCUGAACGGACGUCUGGACAAUGAGUUUGACCGCCUCAUAGUUCCGGAGCCAGACGUGGACUUUGAUGCAAGGUGGAAUGAACUGGACGCAAGGAUCAAUGUGACUGAGAAGAACGCGGAGGAACACUGCUUUUACAUUGAGGAGACCCUUCGGGGGACCAUUAAUGGGGAGGUGGGUGACUUGAAGCAACUUCUCAAUCAGAAGAUCCAGUCUCUGGAGGAGCGCCUGGGGAGCGUGCUGCUGGAGGCAGCCAACAGCUCCGGUGCAGAGCUCGCCGGCCCUGCGCCGGCCCCGCCAGGGGCACAGGGGGCUGGGCACGGACAGGUCCUGAUGGAGUUAAACCACCUGAAGGACAAAGUGCAGGCUGUCGAGGACCUCUGCCUGCAGAGCUUCCAGAGACAGCCUCACGGGGUAGACGAUGCUCUACACAAUGGAGAAGGCCAGACAGCGGGGGACAGCUUGAGCCUUUUGAAACCUCUAAAUGACACGAUGCACGGGAAGUUUCAGGAAACUGAACGGAGCAUCCAGAACCUUCAACGGGAUUUUAGUCUCCUUUACUCUCAACUCAACUACACAGAAGACCACAUGAGGCAUCUUCAGAAGGAGCUGAGCGGUUGUACAGGAGGCACCAACGCUGGAUUUGGGGGGUGUUCUAAGGGGGGUGAGCUGGAGAGACUGGAGGAGACCCUCCCAUCUGCCCGGGGCCCCCCGGCACCCUGCUGCGGCCCGCUGGACGAGGGGUGGCAGAGGCUGCGGAGCCAGGUCCUCGCUGAGCUGGACACUUGUAAGGAGAAGACGCACGAGGUCCAGAGGGAGGUCUCCGUGGUGGAGGACAGAGUGUCUCACAUGGAGAAGACGUGCAGCAAACUGGACUCCAUCGCCGGGAGCCUUCAGAAGAUCGAGGAAGGGCUGAACAAGCACGUCAGCAGCCUGUGGACUUGCGUCAGGCAGAUGAACGGGACGCUGCGGGCACACUCCAGGGACAUCGCCGGCCUGAGGAACUCUGUCCAGCAGUUCUACAGCCACGUUUUCCAGAUCUCUACCGACCUGCAAGAUCUGAUCAAAUUUCAACCAUCAGAAACGGAGGAGCCUUCCGAAGCGCCCCUGCCUCCAGCGUCGGGAGGGCAGGCCCCGCGGAAGCCGCCCACCGAGCCAACGCCUCCGGAGCCCACCCCGCGGCCGCCACUGCCCGACGACCCCGGACGCCAGCCGCACGCGGGCCAGCGGCCCGUCCUGCCCGAGAGACACCCCCCGCCGCUGCGGCCCGGCCGCACGGGGCUGCCCUUCUUGCCUGGCUCCACCGGGGUCAUGAUGGAGACAGGCGAGGCCGGGCCUCCGGGCAGGAUGGGCGUGUCGGGGAGGGGCCUGCCCCAGGGGGCGGACGGCCAGACCCGCACGGGGCACGUCCCCAGCGCCGAAGGCUACGCCGGAGCUCCGGGUUACCCCAAGUCACCACCUGUAGCCUCCCCAGGGGUUCCAGUGCCAUCUCUGGUGUCCUUCUCUGCCGGCCUCACCCAGAAGCCUUUCCCCAGCGAUGCGGGAGUCGUCCUGUUUAACAAAGUGCUGGUGAAUGACGGGGACGUGUACGACCCCAGCACCGGGAUCUUCACGGCUCCGUACGAUGGGCGCUACCUGAUCACGGCCACCCUCACUCCUGAGAGGGACGCGUACGUGGAAGCCGUCCUGUCGGUGUCCAACGCCAGCGUGGCGCAGCUGCACACAGCCGGCUACCGCAGGGAGUUCCUGGAGUACCACCGGCCGCCGGGGGCCCUGCACACCUGCGGGGGCCCGGGGGCCUUCCACCUCGUCGUGCACCUGAAGGCGGGCGACGGCGUCAACAUCGUGGUGACGGGCGGCAGGCUGGCUCACACGGACUUCGACGAAAUGUACUCCACGUUCAGCGGGGUUUUCCUGUACCCUUUCCUUUCCCACCUCUGAGGUGGGAGGAGGGAAGGGCGACAGCGGUAAGAAGUUGGAAGCUUUAAUAUAUUGCAUUUUUGUGUGGACCUGGGGCCCAGGUCUAGUUUUCUGCAGUUCCCUCCUCCCCCGAAAGAAAGGCUGCUCCCAGCUGCGGAGGAGCUGCAGGGCACGCGGGGCUCCUGCUGCUGCUCCGACCCCACAGCCGGGAGCCCGCCCUCCCGUGUCUCCGGGUCCGCCUGUGACCUCUGGUCCGGGGGCUGGGGCCGGGCCGACCGCGGGGGGCUCAAACAGCGGUGGCGGCCCGGGGGACCAACCUGCCGGUGGAGGAGGAGGAGCUGCCGGGUCCUGCCCGAGAGGAGGCCGGCCGGCCAGAACUGGUCCCCAUGGCCACAGUCUUUACUGGAGCAGAACUUUGUCCUCCUCGACCGUGUGUGCAGGAGGAGUGUAAACACUGAAGUGGCUAGUGCCACCACAGACCUAGGGUGACUGGGCUGCCCCAGGUCUGGCUCCCCCCGCUUCCCCCUCCCUCCCUUCCCCCGUGUCUGCCCGGCUGUGAGGGACGCGGGAGAGACUUUAUGUGGCUUGUUGAGCUCCUUGAAUGACAUGUACGACUUUAGCGCAAAGACAGGGAGUGUCAAUAAAGACGUGAAACCACUUCAAGUUG